AGUCCCUAGUCUAUCCUUCAUCUUUCUCUAUAUAAUAAGAGAACUCAAUUAUGUAUCCUUCAUCAUACACUUAAAACUCAAACUUCUCUUCUCUUUACUCUUCUUUCAGAAACAACAACUACUACUCAUGGCACCCUUAAAGCUACAUGGAGUUCCUUUUUCAACAUGCACUGCUCGUGUGAGGGCUUGCCUCGAAGAGAAAAACGUCGAGUACGAGAUUUGUCCGGUUGAUCUUGGUACCGGAGCACACAAACGCCCUGAUUUCAUUUCCAAGAACCCAUUUGGUCAGAUUCCAGUACUUGAAGAUGGAGACAUCACUCUCUUUGAAUCAAGAGCCAUCAACAACUAUAUCGCACAUAAACACAAAGACCAAGGGACGGAUCUACUCCAACUUGGAAAUCUUGAAGAUUUCGCAGAAGUACUUGUAGGAUGUGAAGUAGAAUCUCAGCAAUUCAACCCUACGAUGGGACCAAUUUUCUUUAACACCUUUAUUGCUCCUCUACGAGGUUGGGCUCCAGAUCAAAAGGCUAUCGAUGAGAACGUGGUGAAAGUUGGAACAGUUCUUGAUGUUUAUGAAAAGAGGCUUAGCAGCAGUAAAUAUCUUGCAGGAGAUUGUUAUACACUAGCUGAUCUUAAUCACCUUCCUUAUAUUGCAUAUAUCAUGAAGACUCCACAUGCUGAUUUGAUCAACUCUAGGCCUCAUGUUAAGGCAUGGUGGGAAGCUGUUUCAUCUAGGCCAGCUUCAGUAAAGGUUUCCGAAGGAUUGACCUUGGGAAGCAGCCACUGAUCACUUAUUUCCAGUAAGAUGCUUCUUUUUUUUUUUGACACAACCCUGCCGCUCCUUGGGGAUAGGUAGGUUGCAGUUAUGGUGUGCUAUGCUCAAGUUUAUAAUAAGUGUAUAAGCAGGGAAUGAACUGUAUGUGUGUUAAAUUUAUCGUAUCAGAUAAUAAAAUACUAAGUGCUUAUAAUACAAAUAUGUUUCUUCAUGAA